AGUUCCACCCUCCCCACGCCGGCGGAGGCGGGGUUGCGAAUACAAGGAGGGGAGCGGGCGCUUUUAAAGCCUCUCGUAGCAGUUGGGGCACUUUUCUGGGUCUCGUCGGAAUCCUUCCGAAGCGGGUCUUGAAGCCAUGAGCCGCGGUGGAGGUGUGCUAAAGAAGCUCCCAGGAACGCAGGCCUUCCGCCUGCCCGGCCGCCACGGCUACGCAAUCGAAUUCUCGCCUUACCUGCCUGGGCGUUUGGCCUGUGCUGCCUCGCAGUACUACGGAAUUGCAGGUAGUGGAACAUUGGUAGUAUUGGAACAAAAUGAAGCUGGAAUUCAACUCUUACGGAGUUUUGAUUGGAAUGAUGGCUUGUUCGAUGUGACGUGGAGUGAGAACAAUGAACACAUGUUGGUUACAUCCAGCGGGGAUGGAUCUUUACAAAUCUGGGACACAGCAAAACCCACCGGCCCACUGAAGAUUUAUAAAGAACACACUCAGGAGGUUUACAGUGUUGACUGGAGCCAGACUAGGGGAGAACAGCUAAUAGUAUCUGGGUCAUGGGAUCAAACUGCAAAGCUGUGGGAUCCUGCAGUGGGACAGUCAGUAUGCACUUUUAAAGGCCAUGAAGGUGUCAUUUAUAGUACAAUAUGGUCUCCUCACAUCCCAAGCUGCUUUGCAUCUGCCUCAGGUGACCAGACUUUACGAAUUUGGGAUGCAAAGGCACCAAGGAUCCCAGUGAUCAUUCCUGCUCACCAGGCUGAAAUUCUAAGUUGUGACUGGUGCAAGUAUGAUCAGAACUUACUUGUAACGGGUGCUGUUGACUGCAGUUUGAGGGGAUGGGAUUUGAGAAACAUACGACAACCAGUAUUCAACCUUGUUGGGCAUACUUAUGCUAUAAGAAGAGUAAAAUUUUCACCUUUUCACGCCACACUACUGGCUUCCUGUUCCUACGAUUUCACUGUGAGAUUCUGGGAUUUCUCCAAGCCUGACCCACUGCUUGAGACAGUGGAACAUCAUACAGAGUUUACUUGUGGCCUGGAUUUAAGCUUGCAUUAUCCCGGUCAGGUGGCAGAUUGUUCUUGGGAUGAAACAGUGAAGAUCUAUUGUCCAUCUUCAAUGGCAGUUCCUGCAUAGACACUGAUAUUCUGCAUGGACUUCAAGUUUCUAACACAAGGACAGAACUGUUACAAGAUGUAUUACUUGCCUUUAAACACACACACACACACACACACACACACACACAAAACCCUUGUGUUUUAAAAUGAGAUUUGAUGUUUUAAGUUAAGACAUGCAACCUAAGAGUCAGGUUCAUAUGGCUCCUUUAAUAAAAACUGUGAUGGGCUGGCAGAAUCA